AUGACAGCUCUUCAUAUGGCUGCAGACAGUAAUAGCAAAGAAACUGCAGAGUUACUUAUUUCCCGGGGUGCAAAUAUCGAUAUAAAAGAUAAUGCAUUCAAAACUGCUCUUCAUUAUGCAAUGGAAAAAGAUCAUCAAAACAUAAUAGAUUUAAUUAAUUCUCAAAUUCAACGAGUAAAUUCAAAUACAAAAGACAAUUUUGAUAAAAAUCAAUUACCAAAUAAAAAACACCAUCAUAAACACAAGAAAAGGUGCAAUAUAUCCUAA